AUGGCUGGGACACAGGAGGUGCUGCUGCAGCUGCAGAAAGACAACCGCGACGGGCGCCUGCGAAUCCAAGAGUUGGAGGAGUUGGUGCGCGGGCUCGAGACUGAGAGCGAGUGUCUCACCCGGCGCCUGCAUGACUUGCGCGAGCGCGAACGCAGCCUGCAGCGGAAGCGCACCCAGGCGGCACAGGUCCUGCACGGGGAGGCGCGCGAUGCGGCGCGGGAGUGCGCAGAGCGGGCGCUUGGAUUGCUGGAAGCAGCUGAGAGACGCAAACAGGAAUUGGAGUUACACAACCAGCAGCUGCAGGAGCAAUGGGAGGAGCUGUCAAGUCAGCUCUUCUACUACGGAGCAGAACAGCCGAGUCAGCAGCACGCGGAGCAGCAGAUCGGGUCCCAGUUGGUGGCGCUGCAGAAACAGCUGGAGCUGGUGGAGGCCAAGCACGCGGUGCAGGCGGAGGAACUGCGGCAGGGCGCGCAGCGUACAGAGGAAGCCUGGGCCAGCUUUCAAGAACAAAGUGGGGUUCUGCAGGAACUUCAGGGGAAGGUGAUGGAGGCAGCGGCUGCUCUGGAAGCCACGCGAGGCGGCCCCGAACCGUGGGAUUCUCAGCGUCAUCUGGAGCAGCACAGCGCGGGCUCGCUCAUGGAGGAGGUGGCCAAGGUGGACUGUGGGGACUCACCACCAAAGGUAGACCCACCUCCCACGGGGACCCAACCAGCCCCACAGAGCACCCUUGGGGGACCGGGUCGGCGGACGCCGCUCCGUUCCCCUCCCAUUCCUGUUUGGGGUCCGGGUCCAGUCCUGCCCCUACCCCACGAAGUCCGAGCGCUCCCCCUGGACGCCGGCUCCCUCUUCCCGCAGGAGACACGCUGGUUGGGCGCCACGGGCAUCAGGCUGUGGGUGCUGGGCGCGCUGCAGAUGCUACUGCUUCUCCCACUCGGUUUCCUGGCGCUUCCGCUGCUGUACCUGGUGCUGGUCAACUCGGCCCCGCUCCGCCGUAGACUCCCGUGCCUCUGCUCUGCAGCCGCGCUCCGUCGCCUGCGCUACACUUUGUCCCCACUGCUCCAGCUGCGCCCACGCCGGCUGCUACCCACCUAG